UCUUCGGCUUCCGUAGCUACGUCAGGAGGAAGCGUGUUGUAAUGCUGUGGCUUUAUGUGCCAAACCUUCAUGGCAGUGAGAUAAAACAACAAAUACACAAUGACAGUCCGUGGAGACUGCCGUUGCAUCUUUGACUUGUGCUCAAAUGUUGACGCUUUUGGAUUGAGGGAGGUGGACCCCGUCCUGAAGGAGGCUGUAAACACUGAGCCACCGCCAGACUGUCUGAAAGAUAACAAAAGUCCAGAGGAUGACAGACAAGGAGAGGGCGCCCUGGUUAGAGAUGUGUCAGACAAGAUGUUCUGCUCAGCCUGCAAAUGGUCCUUUAUUAACCGUGAGGAACAGAGGGAACACUACAAGCUCGACUGGCAUCGGUUCAACUUGAGACAAAAGAUGGUCGGAUUGCCACCCCUCACAGCAGAGGAGUUUGAGAAGAAGACCAGAGCUGGUGACUUGUCAAGUAUCUCUGGUUCAGACUCCGACUCGGAGGACGAAGACUCGGAUAGCGACAGCAGAGGGACGAGCAGUAAUGCCACUGGCACAGAUAACGAGAACUCUGUUGACACCCGCUUAAUUAACGGUCGGCUCCACAGCAAGGUGUUUUUCCAGAACACGGAAGGAGAGUACCUCUCAGUGUACCGCUGCGUGCUGCAGAGAAAGUCGGACGAAGUGCUUGAUGCAGGAUCAUCCCUGAAGGCCAUAAGUAAGAAGACUGUGUGGGUCAUUCUCAUGACAGGUGGAGGCCACUUUGCGGGUGCUGUAUUUGAAGGAAAAGAAGUCCUCCAGCACAAGACUUUCCACCGUUACACAGUUAGAGCGAAGCGGGGCACAGCUCAAGGGCUCAGAGACUCUCAGAACCGCAGUCACACACCUAAGUCUGCAGGAGCUGCUCUGAGGCGACACAAUGAAGCAGCGCUUGUCAAGGACAUUCAGGAUCUUCUCAUCACUUGGGCUGAAUACUUGAAAGAGGCAUCUGCAAUAUUUGUACGUGCCCCCAGCUACAACAAGACCAUCUUUUAUGGCGGCCGUGCAGCUCCCCUUGACAAAAAAGAUCCCAGGGUCCGCACUCUCCCCUUCGCCACUCGCAGGGCGACAUUUCGAGAGGUGCAGAGAGUGCAUGAUCUCCUUUCCACCGUUCAUGUGUAUGGGAAAGACACAGACAUGUCUGCAGUCAUCAGUCCGUCUAAGAAAGCAUGGAAAAACACGGUUAAACCUACAGCUAAGAUAAACACAGAUCAGCGAGAAGCAGAGAAAGAAGAAAACCACGACAGCUCAGAUGAAGAAGAGGGCGGGGAGAUCCAGCUGGAGAUGGUGGAGAUGACAUUAGGAACUUUGGACCUCAGAGAGUUUGAAAUCUGUCCAUCCAGGCACAAACGAAGGAGGAGGAAGAAGAAGGAGGAAGCCAAAAUUCAAAACGAGGGGACAGGAUUAAGUAAUGCAGAAGCAAACAGUCAAGACGAGGAUUUGCCGGAGGCUGUGCCAGCAGAAGAUGCUUCUCAAGAGACGCAGUCAAAGAACAAGAGAAAGAGAAAAGCACAGAGUAAGAAACAACUAGAAGACAUCGUUGAUGAGUCUGGAGAGUACGGUCUGAGGGAUGCACUCUUUACAGCCUGCAAGGUUGGGGAUGUGGACGCCCUGCAUAAACUACUUCAGCUACCCGGAGAAACUGUAGAGAGUCAAGUGCAGCCUGAAAGCAACCCUUUUGACGUCUCCAGUCCUCUAUCUCUCCUCAAUAAGCCCAUAGACUCGUCGGGGUUCACUUUGCUGCAUGUUGCCACGGCAGCUGCACAAAAGGCAGUGGUCAGGCUGCUACUAGACGCAGGAGCAGACCCGGCCUGCAGGGAUAACAAAGGGCAGACCCCAUAUAUUGUCGCCUCCGACAAGGACACUAGAAAUGUCUUUCGUAAAUACAUGGGUGAGAAUCCUGACAAAUAUGACUACAGCAAGGCGCAGGUCCCUGGGCCACUAACGGCAGAGCUCGAAUCCAAAAAGGUGGAGAAGAAAAAGGCCCAGAAGGCUCAGAGAAGACAACGAGAAAAGGAGCAGAAGGAGCAGAUGAUGAAACAAGAGAUGGAGGCAGAGGAAAAGAAGAAGUUUGCGUCUCUGACAGAUCGUGAAAAGAGAGCUCUGGCAGCUGAGAAGAGGUUAGCGCAGCAAGUAGCUGCAACUGGAGUAGGCGUCUCUAAUAUCAAGAGGUGCUGGAUGUGUGGGGAAUCUCUGCUUGGAAAGAUCCCAUUUCAAUACCUGGAGUAUUCGUUCUGCACUCCUCAAUGUGUCCAGGCACAUCGAAAAGCAAAUGUUCCUCCAGGCAAAACCUAACAAUCAUGUGGGAAGUUUUCAACUGAAGAGAAGCUACCUCAUCAGAACAAAAAAGGGAAUGAGGCUCUAAUACGACUGUGAUUAAUUUUCAACAGUAAACACACAUUUCAAAUAUAAUUUUAUUAUGGAAGAUGAUGUAAAACAAAUGGAUACUUGUAUCAGAUAGUAAAGAAAUUCAUGUACAAUUUAUUUACAUUAUGUACAGAAGUAUAAUGGAGAAGGUAAGAUGCAAUAAAAACUAAUGUUCAUA